AUGGCUGCGGAGGAGGUGCUGCCGGGCGCCGAGCACUACAAGAGCGAGAUCGAGCGCCUCACCCGCGAGCUCUCCGAGACGACGCACGAGAAGAUCCAGGCGGCCGAGUACGGGCUCGUGGUGCUGGAGGAGAAGCUCACGCUCAAGCAGCAGUACGACGAGCUCGAGGCGGAGUAUGACGGCCUCAAGCAGGAGCUCGAGCAGCUCAAGGAGGCAUUUGGACAGUCCUUCUCCAUUCACCGCAAAGUGGCUGAAGAUGGUGAAACACGUGAGGAGACUCUGCUCCAGGAGUCUGCAUCAAAGGAAGCUUAUUACCUAGGGAAGAUUCUGGAGAUGCAGAAUGAGCUGAAACAGAGCAGAGCAGUGGUCACCAACGUGCAGGCAGAGAAUGAGAGACUCACUGCUAUCGUGCAGGAUUUGAAAGAGAAUAACGAAAUGGUGGAACUACAGAGGAUACGAAUGAAAGAUGAAAUUCGAGAGUACAAGUUUCGGGAGGCAAGACUUCUACAGGACUAUACUGAACUUGAAGAAGAAAAUAUCACUUUACAGAAACUGGUGUCCACGCUGAAACAGAAUCAAGUUGAAUAUGAAGGCUUAAAGCAUGAGAUUAAACGCUUUGAGGAGGAGACAGUGUUGCUUAAUAGUCAGCUAGAAGAUGCCAUCCGGUUGAAGGAGAUUGCUGAGCAUCAGCUGGAGGAAGCCCUGGAAACUUUAAAAAAUGAGAGGGAGCAAAAGAACAAUCUGAGGAAGGAACUCUCCCAGUAUAUCAACCUCAAUGAUAGUAUGUAUAAUAACCAUAUUAAUAUAUCAGUAGAUGGAUUAAAAUUUGCAGAGGAUGGGAGUGAGCCCAACAACGACGACAAAAUGAACGGACAUAUCCACGGGCCUCUUGUGAAACUCAACGGUGACUUCCGAGCUCCCGCGGUUAGGAAAGGGGAAUCUCUGCACCCAGUGUCAGACCUCUUCAGUGAGCUCAACAUAUCAGAGAUACAGAAGCUGAAGCAGCAGCUCAUGCAGGUGGAAAGGGAGAAGGCCAUUCUCCUGGCCAACCUUCAGGAGUCUCAGACGCAGCUGGAGCACACCAAGGGAGCCCUAACCGAGCAGCACGAGCGAGUCCACAGGCUCACGGAGCACGUCAAUGCCAUGAGGGGGCUGCAGAACAACAAGGAGCUGAAAGUGGAUCUUGACUGCGAGAAGGGCCGAGAGCCUGGGGAGGAAGCACAUGACUACGAAGUGGACAUCAAUGGCUUGGAGAUCCUAGAAUGUAAAUACAAAGUAGCAGUUACUGAGGUGAUUGACCUUAAAGCUGAAAUCAAAGCCUUAAAGGAGAAAUAUAAUAAUUAUGUGGAAAACUACACUGAAGAGAAGGCCAAGUAUGAGAGCAGGAUCCAGACAUACAACGAGCAGGUGACAAACCUGGAGAAAUCAACCAAGGAAAGCCAGGAAAAAAUGGUCCACAUGGAGAACGAAUUGCAGAGGAUGACGAGCAUAGCAAAUGAAAACCAUAACACCCUCAACACCGCCCAGGACGAGCUGGUGACCUUUAGCGAGGAGCUGGCUCAGCUCUACCAUCACGUCUGCCUGUGCAACAACGAGACACCAAACAGGGUCAUGUUGGACUAUUACAGGCAAAGCAGAGUCACCCGCAGCGGAAGCCUAAAGGGACCGGAUGACCCUCGAGGUCUCCUUUCCCCACGGCUCGCCAGGAGGGGAAUGGCAUCGCCAGUAGAAGCCAGGACCCCGACCGAGCAGGUGACAAAAGAGGGCACAGAGCCUGGCAAGGAACAGAGCCCAACAAAAACACCUACAAUUUCUCCUGUCAUCACGGCCCCUCCUUCCUCCCCAGUCUCCGACACUAGUGACAUUCGCAAAGAGCCGAUGAACAUCUACAACCUCAAUGCCAUAAUAAGGGACCAAAUCAAGCACUUGCAGAAGGCUGUCGAUCGGUCGCUGCAGCUGUCCCGCCAGCGUGCGGCAGCUCGGGAGCUGGCGCCCAUGAUCGACAAAGACAAGGAGGCCUUAAUGGAGGAAAUACUGAAACUGAAGUCACUCCUGAGUACAAAGCGGGAGCAGAUAGCAACCCUGAGGGCAGUGCUGAAAGCCAACAAGCAGACAGCUGAAGUGGCAUUAGCCAAUUUGAAGAAUAAAUAUGAAAAUGAAAAAGCAAUGGUUACUGAAACCAUGACCAAACUACGAAAUGAACUGAAGGCUUUGAAGGAAGAUGCAGCAACCUUCUCAUCCUUGCGAGCAAUGUUUGCCACCAGGUGUGAUGAGUACGUCACGCAGCUGGAUGAGAUGCAAAGGCAGCUGGCAGCUGCAGAGGAUGAGAAGAAGACCCUAAACUCUCUGUUGCGCAUGGCUAUCCAACAAAAACUUGCCCUCACCCAGCGCCUGGAGGAUUUAGAGUUCGACCACGAGCAGUCCCGACGCAGCAAAGGCAAGCUGGGAAAGAGCAAGAUCGGCAGCCCUAAAGUAAGUGAGGAGGCAUCAGCCACCGUGCCAACCAUAGACACUUUCCUCCUGCAUAGUCAGGGCCCACAGCAACCAAACUUACUGGUCAGCAGUGGCACUCAGAGGAAAAGACUAUUCUCACCUUCCCUUUGUGAUCAGAGCCAUCCCAGGACUUCAGGGACCUACCUACAGAAAUUAUUAAGAGCCCCCCCUCAUCCCGCCUCCACAGAAUCAUAUCUUCUGAGGGGCCCCCCUUCCAUGAGUGAAUUCAUCCAUGGGCACCGUCUCAGCAAGGAAAAAAGGUUAACCGUGGCCACACCAGGUAAACAAGAUUGUCAGCAGCCUGCUGCCUCCAUACCGCCACACGGCUCACAACUAGCCAGGGGGCCAGAUUGCCAGACUGUCAGUCCUAAUGCUCUUCCAGAAGAGCAGCCACAUUCCAGCUCUCAGUGUGCCCCUCUCAACUGUCUCUCCAAGCCUCCUCCCUACCCCUAAUCUUCAUAUGCAACGUAAGAGAAAAUACAAACAGAGCGGAGUUGAUGCAACAAGGGGUCGGGUUGUUCCCAGUGAGCCGGCACACAAUCCCGCCUUGUUGCUGCGUUGACAAGCCUGGAUUCAAAUCCACUCUUCUGGCAUUGGAGGGAAGGUUGAGAAGAAGAACACAAAGCACAGAGCCCAACCUAUCAAGAAGACUUUUUAUGGUUCCUCUGAUUGUAUCCAAAAUUUGCUAUCACGAUUACAGUGUAGCGAAAUUUAACAUCCCGACAAAAUGUUCCUUCCAGCUGCUUGGCUUUGCCUCUGGAAUCCUGAGAGACUUAAGCCAGUAUUUAACAAAGUAUGUUACAAAAAUUCCACCCUCUCAUCCUGAAAGUUCAGCCAUAGGAACCAGUUCAGAAUUCCUUUUGUCAUUAAGGGUGUGGUAUUUAUUUCUUACUUUGUUUGCACCAUAAUUUUGUGUUUAUAAAAUACAGUCUUUUUUUGAGAGAGUUGUAUUUAAUUCAUUUUAUUUUUUAAAAAACAAGCAGAAAUAGCUUAAGUGAAGAAUGGCUGAGUUAAUAUUAAAAAAAGAAGCGUGUUGUGUUGGCCAGUAUAUGGCCAACUUGUAUUGCACAAACAUGUUGGAAAUGGGUUGAAUUGGAAAGUUAACAUGACUGUAUAUUUUGCUGCUGCACUGAUAUUGUUUAUGCACUUAUUUUCUAAUUCUUAUUACGCUAGCUUCUGGUUUUGUUGUAGCUCUUCACUGAAAGAUAAUUAUUAAGCCUAAGAAGGAGAUGAAAGGAUGGUGUAUUGUUUUGUUUUCGACUGUUUGCUUGCAUCGUAAUUAUAUUUUUGCAUUUCAGACAAGUAGAUGAAUUGGUGCUGUUUUUUGGAGUUACUUCCUAUUUGGUAUCUGAGAAAGAAUAUCUAAAACAAGUUAAAUGUCAUGUGCUAAUUUAAAGCAUUCUUUCCUCCUGCUCCCAUAUUCAGGACUCUAGCUCGAGGCCUUACCGUGAAAGGCUAGUAUGAAUGGCGAAGUUGUGUGCAUUUGGGGUGAAGUAUUCCAGGGUGGAAUAACUCCCGCAGGUGAGGUUAACGGCGUGGAUCGACGUUAGUAGGGUUUUACUGUAGUGCAUUUUUUUCCUUGCCAAAAAUCGACAGAUGCAGAACCUUAGCUCAUGUCAGUUUAUGACAAAUACUCAGGUGAUCUACGCUACACAGAUCCUACCGCAACAGUGCACAGUGUUCCUAGUUAAAGAUUCUUUCCUGCAAAAGCUGUUUUUUUGGUUUUUUUUUUUUUUAAUAGUGGUUUUCAGAACAAAAUCAAGGACCGCAGAAUUUAUUUUGCACAAUACCUGACAGCAAGGCAAGUGGCUAAGCAGGGUCUAGUGCUUUAGCAGCUGUGGGCUUCCCAUGUGGCUUUCCAGUAGAAAAGAAGUCCUCAAUACUGCCCUCCUGUUGGUAAUUAGCAGACUCCUUGCUCUUUUGUCAGGUGGCCUUAAUUUCUUUACAGAUGAAAGGCUUAGGUUUUUCCACAUCACUCUCUCCCUUCUCUGCAGCAUAAGUCUGAUCUACAAGCGCCAAAGACAGUGCAGCCUACAGGGCAGAGCAGUUGACAAAAACUGCUGCAGAGACACUUGGAAUAAUUCCUUCAUAUUUUUGCCUCUGUCUGAGAAAACAAACUCAGUUGUGUGUUACUAACAGUGCUAACCAAAUGUUGUGGUACAUCAGCAGAGGAAAGAAUCAGUGACCAAUCAGUGUGCCUAAGAAUCACUAUCACCAUAGUACCGUAAUGAAGGUGCUGUAAACAGAAAUACUCUAUGUACUCAACAGUGUAUGUCAUGUAACCUUGGCAAAGCAGCCGAGCUAUUGUAACGAAGCAUUCGGAGUCAGAGGUGGAGAAAAGAGCAGCAAACUGAUAGCAAAUUCUGAUCAGAUCCAACUGAUAACACUUGGCAUUGGUUCUGCUUAGGAUUCCGUGCGGUUCACAUGAUUCUUGUGUACAUUUACAUAACUAUUUAGUAUCAUACUUAAUCUACAUGUUGUAUUGUCAUAGGAAAGUCAAGUAAAACUUGUUUAGCUCUAUCAUAUUUUGGGCACUUAAAUUAGCUGCUAUUUUGAUUUUUACUAAAGAAACGUUUUGCCUGAGGCAAAUGUUGCCUUUAAAAAGCGUCUCCAAAUUCCUGACCUUAUCAGACUGCUGCAUUAAUACUCUACAGUGGUGAUGUCUAUGUCCAACAAAGACAGCUACUGUGUAUUGUUCAGUGGGGAAAGAAUUUGCAUUGCACAUUGAAUACAGUUACUGCAAGCUUUACUUGGAAUAUUUUUACCUAUUUUCAUAUCCAAACCAAACAUUUUUCCCUCAAUAUAACAGUUAAAAUUCACCAGAAAUUCAGUGAAAUACAUAUCUUUUCAAUGUAUAAAUUUAUUGGGGGAAAAAAAUCCUUGUACUAGAACAUUUGUUUAGUAAUAUAUUUGUUUCCAAUUGUGAUUUGCAAAAUAACUGGGAAAUUGAAAUAUUGUGCUGGUAUGUCCAUGUGAUCAAGAGUUACAGAGCAGCAUCCAGUGGUUUAGAGAUUGUGGCCAUGUUUUAUAGAAAUCAUUGGGUUUAUUAUUACAUUUUUUAUUCUCUUAAGCUUUAAACUCUUCAUUUCUAAUUUUUCAAUUUAUAUUUUUAAUAUAAUAAGACAUAAGUGUUGGAAAAUUAAGAUAACUAAGCAGCUUCAAUGUACAGAUGACUAUCAUUAUUGCAUUGUAAGUUAUAAAACUGUGUAGGUCCCCAGGACAGCUUUUGUCAGUUAAUCGGUACAAAAUAAAAUAUAUAUCUUGAACUUGAGAUGAUAAACUCUUCUUUAUUGUUUUAUGACUGGUAAGUUACAACUCUGUGAGAGAUUUCAUAGGAAGUAUUCACAUUCACAUACAGAGAAAAAUGAACAAGAGCAUGUUUUUUUAAGGCUUGCAAAUACUGUAUUUCACCCGUUUAGUAAUAAUUUCCAAUAUGUUGAUAACUGUUUUGAUUUUUAACGCUUAAAAAAUAAAUAAAAAGAUGCAUCUAUUUUCUAAGGGUCAGAUUUAUUUAAGAAUGCUAAAGUGUGUCCUACACAGCAAAAGUGAUUUUCAUAUCCCGCUCUGGCUUUCAUGUCUGAAAUGCAGCUUUUGUUCUCUAACAGGGCCUAGAAAUGUCUUUGGGUUUGGAUUAGGCUGUUCUGAUCUGGAGCAUUCUGUUUUGGGCUUUAUUUUCUCACACAGGGGAGAAUGAGUAUUCCGUGUUCAUUUAAAUGAUCCCCUUGGGGAAAUCAAGUUUAUAGGAAAUGUGUGAGAUAACAAGCGGAUAGAUUGAAGUAUAAGGGGAGAAGAGGAUGAACAAGAAAUUUUAAAAUGUCAUAGUAUGGAAAAUAUAUUUUUUAUCAAUUGGAAAGUAAAUGGAAGCUUUCCAGAAAGAGGAAAUAUUGUCAUUUCCCAUGCUAACCAUACAGAGGUUUCUGCCUUCUAGAUGGAGGCAAUAGUUUGAUUAUUUCUGUUUGAUCUGAUGGCAUCUCUGCGCUUGCCCCAUCCAGAUUUUUCCCAGUAAAUUAAUGCCGUAAUAGCUAUACCGCAGACGUCAUAGAAUGAAGCUGUCAUUAAGGUAACUCUUCAAGUUUUAAUGUGCAAGGUGACUUUCAGUUUCUUUUUGAUGAAAAAGGAUCUGAAAUCAUUUUAGCCAUUUGCCAUAUUUAAGUGUAAACAAAAAGGAGAUGGUAUUAUGAAAUACAAUCCGGACCUCAUGUAUGAAGGCUGCUUGUGGUAAUCAUGUUGGAAAUGCUUACAUACAAUUGUCAGGAAAGGAGGACCCACAGGGGCUGACCCCCAAGCGUGGGGGCUGUAUGAUGCCAACCAUCACACACAAAUCAGCAGGGGCUGUGCUGCCCCUUCCAGUAUAGCAGUGUGGAGGUGGUCCCGAGAUGGAGAUCAGCCCCUUGGAGAUCUGUUUCUUUCC